AUAAGACUGCACUGCUCUCCUCUGGCUGAACAAAGGUUUGAGUUUUUGUGUGAGUAUUUGAGGCGUUUAAAUUUAUACAAGUCGUUCAAUCAGUUAAUAUCUUACAUGUAGUUUGAAACGAAUGGAUUAGGUGCCAUUUGACGCUUUACAGUUCAGUUUUCAGGAACAAGAAACAAUUGGUGAAACAACUGAUAUCUACGUGACACUGUUUUCAAGAUGGCAUUUAUUAAAGAGGAGACUGAAGACAUGAACAUUUCAGAACCAUUCAGAGUGAAACAUGAAGAUACUGAGGAGCAAGAAGGUACUCAAGGAUCAGAGUUGGGAAGCCCUGAUCUAAAUGAUCAUAAAAUAACUGUUACAGACCUGAUGCCACUUAAAGAGGAGAGUCCUGAACUGAAUGAAACGGAGGAGAAACAACAGUGUGAGAAACAUGAUUUCAUAGCUGAAGAAAAACUUUGCUUGCAGAGUGAAAACUCUUCCUCAGAAAAAAGUGGUGAGGAGGCAAGAGGAUCUAAAAGAUCUUUCACCUGUCAACAGUGUGGAAACUUGUUCACUACAGCAAGAAACCUUAAAAUCCACAUGAAAGUUCAUGCUGGAGAGAAGCCUUUCACAUGUGAUCAGUGUGGAAAGAGUUACACAAAAAAAAAGACAUUAAAUGAUCACAUGAGGAUUCACACUGGAGAAAGACCUUUCAAAUGUGAUCAGUGUGGAAAGAGUUACACCAAAAAAAAGACAUUAAAUGAUCACAUGAGGAUUCACACUGGAGAAAGACCUUUCGAAUGCGAUCAGUGUGGAAAGACUUACACACGUAAAGACUCCCUUAAUUUCCACCUGAGGAUUCACUCAGGAGAGAACAGUUUUAUAUGUCAUCAGUGUGGAAAGCGUUUUACACGCAAAGACUCCCUUAAAUUACACAUGAGAAUUCACACAGGAGAGAACUGUUUUAUAUGUCUUCAGUGUGGAAAGCAUUUCACACGUAAAGACACCCUCAAUGUACACAUGAGAAUUCACACAGGAGAGAAUUGUUUUAUAUGUCACCAGUGUGGACAGUGUUUCACGACUUUGAAACGCCUUAACAAGCACAGGAUAAUUCACUCUGAAGAGAAGCCCUUCAAAUGUGACCAAUGUGAAAAGGUGUUCAAAAUGAAAAAGCACCUGAAGAGACACUUGACACUUCACACUGUGGAGAAGCCUUUUAAGGGCCAUCAGUGUGGAGUCUGUGAACAGGUGUUCAAAAGAAAGAACGACCUAAAGAGACACAUUACAAGUCACUCUGCAGAGAAGCUUUUUAAGUGCCAUCAGUGUGGGAAGUGUUUAAAACAUGAAGAAUCCCUUACUUGUCACAUGAAACUUCACACAGGAGAGAGGCCUUUCAGCUGCCCUCAGUGUGGAAAGAGUUUCAUAAAUAAAUCAUACCUUACUACUCACAUGAGAUUUCACUCAAUAGAGAAUAUUUUUAAAUGCACUCAAUGUGGAAAGAGUUUUACAAAGAAGAAACACCUUAGACUGCAUGAAAGUGCUCACCCCAAAGCGCAGUAUUUCCCCUGUCCUGAGUGUGGAAAGAGUUUCACACCUAAAGAAAACCUCAGAAAACACAUGAGAAUUCACACUGGAGAGAGACCUUACACCUGGGAAGAUUUUCUUAUAUAAAGUUGUCAAAUGAAAAUCCACAAAAGAAGGAACAAUUUAAAGGUGCCCUAGAACUUUUUUUAAAAAGAUGUAAUAUAAGUCUAAGGUGUCCCCUGAAUGUGUCUGUAAAGUUUCAGCUCAAAAUACCCCAUGAAUUUUUUUUAAUUAAUUUUUUUA